CUAAUACGGACGACCACAGUAUACCCUACCCAUGUCACACGUCUGUGAAGUUGGCGUAACUCUGAUCACUACACUAGUGUCUGACAAUGAUGGCGGACAAAGUCAGCUUGAUUAUUUUCUGCAUUCUUAUAUUUAUAUUUGGUAGUUUUGCAAAACCAAAGGAUCCGCAAUGUAAGUUUCCUCCGCAAUGGCAAAGCACGGUGUUUUUAGACUUCGGGAUGUUUAUGUCUGGUGUGUCUGGUCAUGCGUACGGAUCCGGGACAUUUUAUUACGAUUAUCCGAACAGACGCAUGAGGAUAGACAUCAAAGGCGUGGAAGAAAAUCCGGACAAACAAAAUUUCACCGUGUCGUUUAUGUGGCAUUUUAAUGAGGGUGCAACCUACUACAUUGAUUAUGACGGAAAGUUCUGUGAGAGAAGUUACCAAAUCGAUGCGGUGUGGAACCAGUGGGAGGGCAUUCCCCUUGCAUCAUAUCCCACCUACUUUGGAGGUAUAGGCGGAUUUAAAAAAAUAGUUGGACAAUUUGUUUUGGAUAUAAAAGACGAUCCCCCUACAGACAAUGGUAUUCGUGUUGUGAUGGAUGUUCAAGUGGGUGAUUGGUGCCCUCCCCUCCGUGUAAUGUUCCAGGACUUGCAUGACGACCCGUACGAAGGAGUAAUGUACCAGUAUGAAUUCAUGGAUCAUACCAACCUGAAGAACCCAGACGUGUUCAAAGCACCUUCCAACUGUACCAACACCACGUCUAUGAAUGAAGAGACAAGAAAAUUCCUACCAUUUCAACACCUUGAUUUUGUCAUGGAUUAGCGUUAUGAGGAAAUCAAGCACUUUCUAAGUGGUGAAUUGACUGAGUCAUCCAGCAUCAGACCACUCGGUAAUCAUGAUAUUAGCAUUACCAUGGCUCGAGUAAUAACUUAGAACGGAUUUUUUUUACUAUGAUUGUGGUAUUACAGUCAAUUAUUAUUCAAUCACCUAAAUAUUAAAGCAUGC